AUGGAGAAGAAAACAUGGAAGAUGCUCGAGAACAACCCAGAUGUUAUGGAUCGACUAGCGGCAAAACUCGGCCUCUCAUCUUCACUCCAAUUCUACGAUGUCUACUCCUUGGACGACCCCGGACUGUUGGCACACAUCCCGCGUCCAGCUCUAGCUCUUCUCGUCAUCAUUCCACUCACUGCUGCCUGGGACCAAAACCGCAAAACCGAGGACGAACGCAAAGAAAUUUAUGCUGGAUGUGGCCCUGACGAGCCUGUCAUCUGGUUCAAACAGACUAUCGGUCAUGCCUGCGGCUCUAUUGGCUUAUUGCACAGCCUGAUCAAUGGUCCUGCUGUCGACUUCAUUGAGCCUGACUCCGACCUCGCAAGCAUUCGCACCCAGGCGAUUCCACUGGACAUGACACGACGCGCUGAAAUGCUGUAUAACAACGAAGCAUUCGAGGUUGCGCACAAGUCGGUCCAGGAGGCUGGAGACAGUCUUGUUGACUCAAGUUCUGAGCGUAAUGGAGGACACUUCGUCAGUUUCGUCAAGAGUGGCGGUAAGCUGUGGGAGCUUGAGGGGUCUAGAAAGGGGCCAUUGGAGAGAGGUAGCCUUGAGGACGACGAGGAUGUUCUCAGCCCACGUGCACUGGAGCUGGGUAUCAAGAGAAUCAUCGCAUUGAAUGCGAGUGGUGGCGGAGACGAUGAAGAGCUCCGUUUCAGCUGCAUUGCUCUGGCCCGAAAGAUCUAA